ACAAUUUCUGAGAACCACCGGGCUUGCUGCUUUGUUCCACUACUUGUCGGCAGAGGAGGUUGCUUGUUCAUCGAUUGUGUCGCGGUUCUUCCUACAAUAGGAAUGUUGCCUUUCUGCAACCCUCCUCAAUAACACCAGCUCCCCACAGGGCAGAUCUAGGCCACGCAGAAGACUCAUUAAAAAGGACUUUUUGCUACUCAACGUCGAGGCCGCAAGCGAGAAGUCAUCUGAGCAGCACGCACGAACAGCGAACAGCUGGCCUGGGUUCAGUUACUGCCACUUCGCUCGAUCUUCUAGUCUGCCAUGGACGACCUUCACCGCUACGGGGUCCCUGACCCUAAGCUCACCACUCCGACCGCGCUAUUACAACUACGGCAUGCGGCAUCGACGACAACAGACGGGGAGACGGCGGCCAGCCCGAGCUCCACCAUCUCCCCUUACCACAGUGGCCUCAACGGCGUCAACCAGCCGAAUAACAUGCUGUUCACCGACAUCUUAUGGUGGAGCUUGGGUAUUGUCGGGCUCGCGAUGUUGGUCAUCAGGAUAGGCGAACUGGCAUGGUCGAAGCUCCGAUUAGUCUCUGCCAUGUCCUUGCCUGGGGACAAGCAAACGUAUUGGAAGGUGACGCAGUGGGACAAGAUGCCCAGCUUGAAGAGGCGACUCAUUUAUGCGCCCCUGGGAAGGAAGCGACAUAACCGCGAGAUUCGUCUUUCCAGCGCCGCCAAUAUGGGAACACUACCCUCAAGACUCCACGCCGUUCUCCUUUUCGGCUAUUUGGCGAGUAACCUGGCUUACAUGUUCAUCCUCGACUGGAAGAAUCAGAACAAAUAUGCACUAUGUGCCGAACUCCGCGGCCGUUCAGGGACACUCUCAGUUGUGAGCAUGGUGCCGCUCAUCAUCUUUGCCGGCCGCAACAACCCCUUGAUCCGCCUGCUGAAUGUCAGUUUCGACACAUACAACCUGCUCCACCGCUGGAUGGGCCGGAUCUCCGUCAUUGAGGUCAUCAUCCACUUCAUCGCGUGGAUGAUCGUUCAAGUUGCCGACGACGGAUGGUCGGGAGUGCAGCGUAGGAUUCUCAACGAACGAUUCAUCGGCUCCGGCACUGUUGGCGUGGUGGCGAUGUUCAUUCUCAUGGUGCUGGCCUUCUCCCCCAUCCGCCAUGCAUUCUAUGAGACCUUUCUCACCACCCACAUCAUCCUGGCCUUGAUCGCGUUUAUCUGCACCUGGAUCCACUGCAUCGCGGCGGAACUCCCGGGAGGUCUUCCACAAACACCAUGGAUCCUGGCCAUCAUGUCCCUGUGGCUGGCCGAAAGAACAGCACGCAUGCUACGCCUCGCCUACGCUAACUGGUCAACCCGCGGCUUCACCGAGGCUAUCGUAGAGCCGAUGCCGGGCGAGGCCUGCCGCGUGACGAUGCACCUCCCGCGCUACGUGAAGGUUAAGCCUGGUCAGCACGCUUAUAUCCGAAUCGGCGGCGUCAACCCGUGGGAGAACCACCCCUUUUCCAUCGCAUGGUACGAGCACUCUCACGGCCGCGAUGAUAUCCUCCCGGUCACGGAAAAGGAUAGCGUCAGGGAACACAAAGAGCCAGUGGGCACGUCCGUCUCGUUCAUCAUCGGCGCUCACACCGGCUUCACCCGCAAGCUGUACAACAAGGCACGCCAGUCCGGCGGCCGCGCCGUCUCGAUGCGCGCCGCCUUCGAGGGUCCCUAUGCCGGCCACCACAGCAUGGACAGCUACGGCCACGUCGUCCUCUUCGCCGGCGCCACGGGCAUCACGCACCAGAUCAGCUACCUACGCCACCUGAUCGACGGUUACAACGCCGGCACCGUUGCCACGCGCCGCGCCACGCUCGUCUGGAUCAUCCGCGACUACGAGGUGCUCGAGUGGGUGCGCCCGUGGAUGGACAAGAUCCUCCAGAUGCCCAACCGCAAGCAGGUGCUGCAGAUCAGGCUGUUUGUCACCCGGCCCAAGGCGGCUAGCCAGGUGGUGUCGAACUCCACGACGGUGCAGAUGUUCCCCGGGAGGCCGAACAUUCCCAUGCUGCUGGCCAAGGAGGUCUUUGAGCAGGUGGGCGCCAUGUGCGUCUCAGUUUGCGGGCCGGGAGGGCUGUCGGACGAUGUGCGAGACGCGGUGCGAAAGGUGCAGGCUCAGGGGACGGUAGUUGAUUUUGUGGAGGAGAGUUUCACCUGGUGAUGGAUCGGAGCAGUAAGGUGAAACGGACCGAGCUGCGGACG